AAUCAGUACGCAUUUAAAUUCAUUGUGUGAGGAUUUGAGUGCAGAUACAUAGUUCUAACGAACUACAUCCUGUCUUUUCAGUGUUUAAGUAAUAAUUAAUAACUUCCAGGGUGCGCGCAUCAAUGCUAUCUGUUGACCUAAUACUCAAAUCGGCUUGAUUUACCAAGCUCUCGACAACAAGACGUUGGCAUUUAUUAAGUAUGAACCUACACCCCGCUACACUAUGACUCGACAACCUAGAUUGUAUUUCUUUUGUUUAUCUGCGUUCAUGAUCGGUUUUAUAAUUGCGAGCUUGAUACAGUUUUACUCUGGUAGAGAUUUCAAACGGAACUUUGAAAUGGCUAACUCCGUAGGUGUCAAGUCGUCUCAGCAUCUGCAGAGGGGUGUCAAUACAAACCACGUGGCACUUAAAAAUGGAAGUGGAAUUCAAGCAGAAAGCGUAAGCCCAAAGUCAAAGACUAACACAAACACCAACACAGCAUUGAAAAAAGACUUUCAAGAGGUCCGUGUGCUCUGUUGGGUCAUGACAUCACCUAGUACCUUGAUGUCUAGAGCUGUUCACGUGCGUAACACAUGGGGACGGCGUUGUAACGUCACGCUUUUUAUGAGCACGGAGAGUAAUGCUAGCUUCCCGUCAAUCAGUCUCCCAGUAAAAGAAGGCUACGAUUUUAUUUGGGGUAAAACCAGAGAAGCGUUCCGAUAUAUCUACCAACACCAUUUAAAUGAUGCUGAUUGGUUUUUGAAGGCUGAUGACGAUACUUACGUCAUCGUCGAUAACCUCCGAUAUUUUCUAUCCGAUAAAAGUAAUUCAGAACCAGUGUUUUAUGGACAUAAUUUUAAGCUUAACAGCAUAGAAUACAUGAGUGGUGGUGCUGGAUACGUUUUAAGCAAAGAAGCUUUGAAGAGAUUUGUAAGCGUCAUGGACGAUCGUGAAGUGUGUACAGUUAAUGUUAAAAAGAGAUCUGAGGAUUUUGAGAUGGGACGUUGCCUUAAAAAUGUUGGAGUUAUAGCCGGUGAUUCACGGGAUAAUCUUAAUCGGACAAGAUUCUUUCCAUUCCAAUUGGAACUACUCCUAAACAAAGGAAGUCUUCCAAAAGACAUGUGGUACUGGAAAUAUGUAAUCUACAAACCGACUGAGGGAGAAGAGUGUUGUUCUGAUUACCUCAUUAGUAUCCACUACGUUGAUCCGAAAGCAAUGCACUACCUGGAAUUUUUGGUUUAUAACUUGCGCGCAGGAGUGCAACUCGCUGGUUAAGACUCCCAGUGACCAAGUAAAACGCC